AUGGAAAACGGCAACGAUAACAUCAGCACCGCCACCACCACCGCCGCCACCACCACCACCAGCACCAACAGCAUUGUAUCGGUGGAGAAUUUAAAUAGUGUAGCUAAUUGGGUCAGUGCCACUGUGAUCUCCGCCUUCUUUUCCUCUCUUGAACGAUUCUCUUGCGUCAAUGUUGCCACCACGGAUCCUGAUGACGACGACGACGACGACGAGGGACAUGAUCGCCCUCUCGCUCUCUCUACUAAUCCUCACCUCCAACACGACGACGUUUCUCAUCUCCCUCAGCAUGCCCACACAGCGGCGAAUUAUAUACAACCUUGUUCUUGCCCCCUUCAAAGCCUUGCUUUUUGGCUUAAUUCUGGUUUGCCUUUGUCGGGAAGAAGUAGCUUUCCUUCCAUGGGAAGUAGACAGUUCCAUGAACACGAGUUCCCUUUGAUCUUUUGUGCACCACAACCACCUCCUUUGCCCUUCUUUGUCUCUUUUUAUGAAGAGUUCCUUUCGUAG